CACACUGCGAUUUAUAUACAUUCAUAAAAAAACAAAAAACCCCAAAAAAAUUUAAAAAAUGACUGAAGAGGCCACUAUUUCCGAUCAAAUAGCUGAUGGAAAGAAUAAAACCAAUGUGCGAUGCCAGUUCUGCAACAGUUUAAUGCUGAAGGCGCGCGUGGGGAGCUACAGCGAGCAGGAGAUAGAUGUUCCGCUGAUGGUGCAAAAGCAGGACAGGACGGCGGACAACCUAAACACUGAGCCAUUGAAGCACUUCUGGCUGGUGAAGGAUAUGCUGACGUUCGAGAACAUAGGCUUCUCCCACACUGUGGAUGGCAAGAAGUUUCUGGUGUGCGCCGAUUGCGAACGCGGACCCGUGGGCUAUCACGAGCUGAGCACAAAGAUUUGUUACCUGGCCCUCAAGCGGGUGGUGCAUACGGACUAAGUGGCGUUCUUUGUAGCUAAGAUUUCACGGCUUCAUUUAUCAUUGAACGCACAUUGCUUUUAACUUUUAACUGUCCGCAAAGGCCCAUUAAAAAGUGUGUAUUGUAUAUCAGUGCGAUUUGUAAGAUGUGCCGCAGAAGAGCUGUUAAAUAUACAUGUAUUUCUCUGUAUUUUAAGCAAUCCCUGGCCUGGACAACACGGAAAGACACCUAGUUUUUGUAUUCAUAUUUAUUGUUUUUCACUUUAAACAUUUUACAAUUUUAUUGCAUUAUAAAUAUUGCAUUUUUAGAGGAGAUUCUUUCUUAAUUAACUAAAAAAUUGUCACUAUAAACUGUUAUUUUGCUAUUUUGAACUAAAAA